AUGGGCUCCUUUUCUACUGGUUGGACCGUUUUGGGGGUUGUUUUGUUUGGUGAUGUUGGGGGCUUGCCUUUGCGGUUGUUGUUUUUUCUUCGUGGUUCGAGCAAUGAUGUGGUGAACCUCCUGAUUGGUGAUUUGCAUUUUGUUGUUGUACUUACUGAAUUGUUUUUUCUAUCCAUUGUUAUUUUUUUUUUUCACCGUUGCUUUCUACCUCAGUUUACUCCAAGGAAGGCUGGAACUCCAAAGAGGAACGAGAUAGUUUUUAUUUCUCCAACUGGUGAGGAGAUUAGAAACAAGAAACAGUUGGACCAGUAUAUUCGAUCCCACCCUGGUGGCCCUUCUUCUUCAGAAUUUGAUUGGGGAUCUGGUGAUACCCCAAGGCGUUCUGCUAGAAUUAGUGAAAAGACAAAGGCAAUGGAGACUCCGGAGGAAGAACCUCCAAAGAAGCGAGGAAGGAUUUCAAGCUCAAAGAAGGGAACCAAACAGAAAAAUGGUGUAGAUGAACAUGUGGAGGAUGAGGCACCAAAAAGUGAGGAGGCGGUAGCUACAAAAGCGGCAGAGAAAGUAGAAGGUGAUGUAAGAGAUGCUGUUGAUAGUUCAGUAAAAGAAGGCAAGGAUGACGCUUCUGCUGCUAAAGUUAUUUCGGAGGAUAGUUCUUCUAAAAUACAUUCAAAUGAAGGAACCAAACAUGAGAAAGAUGAUAUAAAUGCAGAUGUAGUAGAGGAUGAAGCACCGGAAAGUGAGAAGACAGCUACAGAUACAUUAGGGAGAGUAAAUGAUGCAGAUAUGAAAGAUGCUGAGGAUGAGGCUGCUACUAAAGCUAUUGCGGAGGAUAGUUCUGCUAAGGAAAAUUCAAAUGAAGGGACCAAACUGGAGAAAGAGGUAGAUUAUGGGGCACCAGAAAGUGAGAAAGGUGAAGCCACACAAGCACUAGAGACUAUAGAAGAUGUUGAUAUGAAAGAUGAUGUGGAGGGUUUAGUUAUAGGAGCGGAAGAGGCUGCUGCUAAAGUUAUUUCGGGCAAUAAUUAUGCUAAAAUUGAUUCAAAUGAAGGCACUAAACUGGAUGAAGUAGAUGAGGCACCGGAAAGUAAGAUAUCUACACAAGCACCAAAGAGCUUAGAAGAUGUAGAUCCGACAGAUGCUGAGGAUGCUUCUGUAAAAGAAGAGGAAGUUUCUGCUGCUAAAGCUAUAAUUUAUUCAAAUGGUAAGCCUGUGGAAGCUAAUAAAAAUGACGUGUAUCAAGAAUCUGCAGUAAAUCUAUCUGGAAAGGAAGAAAAUGAGCAGGAAAAACAGGCACAUGGAGAGCAGAGUAAAGACGCGACUUCCUUCCUAAAUGAUAAUUACAAAGGCGAGCAGGUUUCUCCUUCCCAAGCUAUUCCCACUGCUAACCGCCCACAGAAGGCUUCAGCAAUUGCUUGA